AUGCUCAGUGCAGGGUGCAUAGAAUUAUGGGAAAUCAACAAAGAUCCCCUUCUCUUGCCCAACCUCACCCUGGGUUAUAAUCUCCAUGACAACUUUCGAGACAAAAUGUUGACAUUGGAUGGUCUGUUGGAUUUGCUUUCGACUGGAGAGGCCAAUGUUCCCAACUACAGCUGCGGAAGGAAGAGAAACAUGCUGGUUCUCCUGGAAGAGACCAACUCUGAUAUAUCCAUCCUUAUGGCUGCCAUAUUGGGCAUCUACAAAAUCCCACAGAUCAGCUACACUUAUAUUUCACCGAUCCUGAGUGAUAAAACUCAGUUACCUUUUUUCUACCGGACCGUCCCCAAAGAAGGUGCUCAAAACCUGGGGAUUGUUAAACUGCUGCUGUAUUUUCGAUGGACAUUCAUUGGAGUCUUUGCUGCAGACACUGAUAACGGAGAACAUUUCAUUAGGACUUUCGUUCCUGUGCUGGCUCAGAAUGGCAUCUGUGUUGUUUUUGCACAAAUCCUUCACCAUUUCCUGAAGAAUCCUCAGAUCUACAACAACACCAUAGAAGGAAUGUAUUUGGAUAGAAAUGGAGAUUUGAUGGCUGACUUUGACAUUGUGAGCUGGGUGUGGUUUCCAAAUAAGUCGACCACCAGAGUGAAAUUUGGGAGUCUAGACAGAGAAGGAACCAUUGGAGUCAAAUUCAGCAUCAACAAGGAAGCUAUCAUGAGCCCUCAGUGGCUCAAUCAGCACUUGCCUCACUCCCAGUGUGUGGAGCCUUGUCAACCUGGCUAUUUCAAGGUGGUCCAGGAAGGAAAACCAAUCUGUUGCUACAACUGCGUCCCUUGUGCAGAAGGGAGCAUUUCCACCCAAGAAGAUGCAGACCACUGCACCAGAUGUCCAGACAAUCAGUAUCAGAACAAGCAUCGAGAUCAAUGUAUCCUCAAAAUUGUCACUUUUUUGUCCCAUCAAGAGUGUUUGGGAAUUAUUCUUACUUUCUUUGCCCUAUUCCUGAUCUUAACCACAGUUUUAGUCUUGGGAAUCUUCAUUAAAUUCCAAGAAACUCCAAUUGUCAAAGCCAACAACCGGGACCUCUCCUAUAUCCUCCUGGUCUCCCUUCUUCUUUGCUUCUUGACUUCCUUUCUCUUCAUUGGACGGCCAAAGAGAACCACCUGCCUUCUCCGACAAACAAUUUUCAGCAUCAUCUUCUCCAUUGCCGUGUCUACCGUCUUGGCCAAAACAGUCAUGGUGGUGCUGGCCUUCCUGGCCACAAAGCCAGGAAACAGAGUGAGAGGAUGGCUGGGCAAGAGUCUGACCAACACCAUCAUCAUUUCUUGUUCCAGUGUCCAGGUUGUCAUUUGUUUCACCUGGUUAGGAGUCUUUCCUUCAUUCCCUGAUUCUGACAUGUAUUCCCAGCCUAGAGAGAUUGUUCUGCAGUGCAAUGAAGGCUCGGUCACUAUGUUUUAUGUUGCCCUUGGUUACAUGGGUUUUCAGGCUGCCAUUUGCUUCAUAGUGGCCUUCCUGGCCAGGAAUCUACCUGGGUCCUUCAACGAAGCCAAGCUGAUCACCUUCAGCAUGCUGGUCUUUUGCAGUGUCUGGAUCUCCUUUGUGCCUACCUAUCUCAGCACCAAAGGGAAAUUCACGGUUGCUGUGCAGGUCUUCUCCAUCUUGGCUUCCAGUGCUGGGCUGCUGGGUUGCAUCUUCAUCCCUAAGUGUUACAUCAUUUUGCUGAGGCCAGAACUGAAUACAAAGGAACAACUGAUGUUCAAAAGUGAAGUAAAAAAGUGAUGCUGAUGGAUGUUCUGGGAGUAUAAUUCCCACCCAAUAUAAUUCUCACCCAUUGGGUACUUUUCAGGAGAAAACACUAUCAGGCUGCUUUUUGAAGUGAUCUCCUGCUUAAGCCUAAUUUCCAUGUUUUUAUGUUUCUGUGUCUGGUAGUAUUAUUUAGCAUUUUGGGCUUCAUUAUCAGCCUUUAAGUGAGGAUGUUAUUAGAAUUUUAGUCUGGCAGUGUUGACCUCCUUUCAGAUUUUAGGAAAACAUGUUUUUCUUCUUUUUUUUCAUGGGGAAAAAGCAGCCUUUUCAACAAUUGAAUCUUAGUCAGUGUAUUCUGAAAGUAAUUGAAUACACUUGCAAGUUUUAAGUAAGAUACUAAUCCAUCUUGGAAAGAGCAUGAUGUAACCCAUAAAUUUACCUCAUGUGGAAAGUAAUUUCUAGUCAAUAUUUUCUAUUGUUCACUUGUCAAAUGUAAUAAAUGUCUUUCAUUCUUUCGUUGGUUUAUUUCUGAUGUAUCACAUGUACCAAAUGUUUGUAACAUUUGUUUCUGUACCCUAUUAAAAGACUUGGACUU